GCGCUCUUAGACGGUAGUGACCUACGAUGGUGAGUUAUUACCAAACCGAGCCGAUCCCGAAUCCAGUGACGGUAUCAAUGACGAGCGUCCUGCCGAAUUUGGAAACAAUGAAUCCGGUGAAGAAUCUAGUUUGUAGCCCGGAUCUUCCGGUCUUUGGUUCGACAACGUGUACCACGGCUGCUGCCGUAGCCGUUGAAACUCUGGCGAAUACGAACGAAGAUAAGGCUUACCAGUGUCUUCUAUGUCAGAAAAUUUUCGAUCAAAAGAAUUUGUAUCAGAGUCACCUACGUUCGCACAGUAAGGAGGGGGAGGAUCCUUAUCAGUGCGACAAGUGUGACAAAACGUUUGCGGUACCGGCACGUUUAACCAGGCAUUACAGGACUCACACGGGUGAGAAGCCCUUUCAGUGCGAAUAUUGCCACAAGUCCUUCUCCGUGAAGGAAAAUCUUAGCGUUCAUCGGCGGAUACAUACGAAGGAACGGCCAUACAAGUGCGACGUUUGUGAACGUGCCUUCGAGCACAGCGGCAAACUCCAUCGUCAUAUGCGAAUUCACACGGGCGAACGUCCACACAAGUGUACUGUCUGCUCGAAAACGUUCAUACAAAGUGGCCAAUUGGUAAUACAUAUGCGUACGCACACCGGCGAAAAACCAUACAAAUGUAAGUCCUGUGGCAAGGGAUUUACCUGUUCGAAGCAACUAAAAGUGCAUACUCGCACCCAUACCGGGGAAAAGCCUUAUACUUGCGAUAUAUGUGGCAAGUCAUUUGGAUACAAUCAUGUAUUAAAGCUCCAUCAAGUAGCGCAUUAUGGUGAAAAAGUCUAUAAGUGUACGCUAUGUCACGAAACAUUUAGCUCGAAAAAAACAAUGGAACUUCAUAUAAAAACACACUCGGACUCAUCGUCCUCGUCCUCAUCAUCCCCAUUUUCUUCUUCUUCUUCUUCUUCGUCUUCUUCUUCUUCGUCCUCGACAUCGAGCGGAAUCUCUUCCGUUAGAGACUCACCGAUCGAAUCGAUCAUGGAGAUUUCGCAAAACAAUUCUGUCAUUCUUAAUAACGCACCCUCGCCAAUAUCUCCUAUCCCUAACGGAAGCAACAAGGAACUUCCGCGUAAAAACGUAGAUAACAUACCAUGUAAUCCGAAUGAAGUAUAUCCGAAUCAACGAGAUUUUUCGUAUUACGUUUUCCCGAGAGAACAAUAUCCGCAAUCAGUUGCUUCGAUAAACAGUCCAAUGAGUCUGUUGAACGGAGGGGUCGAAGAAAGAUCGGUUCAUCAGAUUGCAAACCUCGAACAGCAAUCUCACGUCUUCCUUUACUCCGACAUAUCGUCAAGUCCUUACACGAUAACCGAGUUCGCAUUUCCAAACAGAGGGGCUGAACCUAUGGUUAGUAAAUGUCCAUCCUUGAUGAAUUUACCUGGAAACGAUGCUCGUAGAAGAGUUGAGGCAGCUUUGGAGGCUGUUGAAGAAGAAAGACAACGGGAAUACGGAAUGAACGUGAAAAAAGAGGAACAAAUGUUAACCCCGCCAAGUAGCAACCCUGUUAGUCCAGCACCCUCGCCAGAUCCUCUCGAUCUCGCGAUACCCGUAAGGGAAACAUUAAUUUUACCGCCAAGGAAACGUUGCAAAAUGAUUCUCGAAUCAAUGGAAAGCGAGAGAAGCGCGAAUCUCCUUGGCUCACAAAGACAGAGGUCGGUUAUCCAUUUUGCGCGUGCCUCAUAGUCAGAUUCAGCUUUAAUGACAAAUAAAAUAAAAUUAAAUGAAAUAAAAUAAAAAAUAAAAUAAAAUAAAAUAAAAUACAAAAAGAAAAAAAAACAUAACAAAAAUGAAGGAAAACUUAUAGAAUUCUAACUCGCAAAAACUUAAAGAACGGACAGAGCAUCGUCUUCUUAAAAGAUUCUUCUGGUGAUAUUAUUCCACGUGGACUCUUCCGAGUGUGUAAUAUGAACUGAAAAUACGGACAAACAAACAAAAAUAAUGCAGUUUUUUCGGUAAUCAUAGUUAAUCCUUCGUCGGAUAGAUUGCCUUCUUUUAAACACGUACAGAGUACAAAAAAAAAA